CAUUCAAUAGAAUUAAACUUGUUUAUACAUCAAAACUAAUUGAUUACCCUGUAUCAUAUCAAACAAGACACACACUUGCAAUUCUACAUAAUAAUGAAGGAAUCUGUGAAAUGGUAAGUAUAGUUCGCCAAGCUUGUAUGGCACCCUUAUCUCCACAAAAUCUUUUUAAUAUAGCUAAGAUUGAAGAAGGACGUGACAAACAAUGGAUAAGGAAUUUAAAUCAAAUCACAAAACGUAAUUCUGAGAGAGCACUUGAAUUGCAAAGUUUACGUGUAGACCUUAAUUUUUUUGAUUGGGACCAAUGUUUUAUGGAAGAAAAGCUCAAUUCCAACAUCUUCCAUCCUUCAUUUGCCUCUCAUAUAACUGAUUUUGAUGAAACAACUAAAUGUCUUGCAUGUCAUUCAUUUCCAAAAUGUACUGCCAGAGGUCUUUGUAAGUUAUGCAGAUUUUAUGUUGAUAAUGGACUGAAGAGCCAAAUUGUUGAUAAAAAUUAUCAAUCAAAAAUUGAAGUCUUGGAGAAAAUUGAUUUAGAGACAAUGUGUGAAUCAGCACUUAAUGGAAUUUUUGGUUUUUCAGACUUUUGUGAUGGACAAAAAGAUGCAAUCUUAUCUUUUGCUCAAAAUCAUGAUACUCUUGUUCUGAAACAAACAGGUGGUGGCAAAAAAAUUGUGGCACGUCUUGGUAUAAACCAUCAAAAAAUAUUAGUAAUUUGUGAUAAAUAUUUUGGAAAUAAUUCAAUUAUUUUCCAAGUACAAAAAAGAAGGGACAAUAAAGAACAAUUCUUGGAAGAUAUUCUGAGGGCUAUUAAUGAAGUUGAAGUUGGAAAAUGCAUUAUUUAUUGUGCAUCUGUAAAAGGAU